CGUGGCAACAGCGCAAUAUUGCCCCUUGUGUACAAUGUUUGGCGUCUUUUUAUUAACAUUUUAGUGAAUAUUUAUUCACAAAUUUUUACAAUUACGUUAAUAUAAUGAGUUUUUCCAGUGAUGAGGUGAAUUUCUUAGUGUAUCGCUAUUUACAGGAGUCAGGCUUUCAACAUUCGGCUUACACAUUUGGAAUAGAGUCCCACAUCUCUCAAUCUAACAUAAAUGGGGCUCUCGUACCGCCUGCCGCAUUACUUAGUAUUUUACAAAAAGGAUUACAGUACACCGAAGCGGAAAUUAGCAUCAGCGAAGACGGGACCGAACAACGACUGGUCGAGAGCUUGAGUUUAAUAGACGCGGUAAUGCCGGAUAUCGUCGCGAGCAGACAAAAUCAACAGAACCAGCAAAAACAGGCUAUUAAAUCGGAAAUUACCGACACGAAUGGCGAGGAGGGUGCAGAAGUCGUCGUAGCGGUCGUUUCUACACCAACUGAAAGUAUGGAAGUCGAUACUUCCAUCGAAAUUCCAUCUUCGAAGGCAACAGUUUUGAGAGGUCACGAAUCGGAAGUGUUCAUAUGCGCCUGGAAUCCCACCACCGACUUGCUAGCUAGCGGAUCAGGCGAUAGUACCGCACGGAUUUGGGAUAUGUCGGACAACACAACCAGUCCGAACCAAUUGGUUUUGAGGCAUUGUAUACAGAAAGGUGGAACCGAAGUGCCGAGUAAUAAAGACGUUACAUCGUUAGAUUGGAAUUGUGACGGUAGCCUCUUGGCGACCGGUAGUUAUGACGGAUAUGCUAGAAUAUGGACAACUGAAGGACGAUUGGCAAGCACUUUGGGACAGCAUAAAGGACCUAUUUUUGCUUUAAAGUGGAACAAAAAGGGAAAUUAUAUUCUUUCGGCAGGGGUGGACAAAACAACUAUAAUAUGGGAUGCGGCUAGUGGACAAUGUACCCAACAGUUCAGUUUUCACUCUGCCCCUGCUCUAGAUGUCGACUGGCAAACAAACACAUCCUUCGCGAGUUGCUCAACGGAUCAACGUAUCCACGUCUGCAAACUUACCAUCGACAAACCAAUCAAGAGCUUCCAAGGUCAUACGAAUGAAGUGAAUGCCAUCAAGUGGGAUCCUCAAGGCAAUCUUCUAGCAUCGUGCUCGGAUGAUAUGACUUUAAAAAUUUGGUCCAUGAAACAAGACACGUGCGUUCACGACCUUCAGGCCCACUCAAAAGAGAUCUACACGAUCAAAUGGUCACCGACGGGUCCCGGCACGCAAAAUCCCAACAUGAACUUAAUCUUAGCGUCGGCCAGCUUCGACUCCACCGUCAGACUGUGGGACGUGGAACGAGGAGUGUGCAUUCAUACGUUGACUAAACACACCGAACCGGUAUACUCUGUCGCGUUUAGUCCGGACGGUAAAUUUCUGGCGAGCGGCAGUUUCGAUAAAUGCGUGCACAUUUGGUCAACUCAAAGUGGUCAGCUUGUUCAUAGUUAUAAAGGUACGGGCGGUAUCUUUGAGGUAUGCUGGAAUUCCAGGGGUGAUAAAGUCGGAGCGAGUGCUUCCGAUGGAAGCGUGUUUGUACUAGAUUUACGUAAACUAUAAGGCUAUUAGAUUAUUUUAGUUUUAUUUAUACCUUUUACAUUAUGAUGGUACACUAAUUUUUUUUUACAAUAAACAUUAUACCUUUUAA